CAGGCAGUGACUCUAAUUGUUCGACCUUGACAUUCGAUGGUGUUGACAUAAUGGGGACAAGACUAGCUGAAGAGGUAUUAUCUGUUAUAAAGCAGCAUCCACAUCUACAGAAGAUUUCUUUUGUUUGUCACUCCCUAGGUGGCCUGGUAUCUAGAUAUGCAAUUGCGAAGCUAUAUGAACAAGGAUCUGCAAGAAGAGCUUGUGGAGAAGAGAUGGAAUGUAGUCUUAAUGGUUCCACUAAUUUGUGUGUGGAAGAGGUAUCGAAAAGAAAAAUUGCUGGGCUGGAACCCAUGAACUUUAUAACCUGUGCUACGCCACAUCUCGGUUGUAGGGGGCACAAACAGGCUCCAGCAUUCUGUGGGUUAUACACACUUGAAAAAGUUGCAUCGAGUUCCUCAUGGUUACUUGGAAGAAGUGGAAGGCAUCUCUUUUUGAAAGAUUGUGAUGAAGGGAAACCUCCUCUUCUUCUUCGAAUGGCCAGUGAUUCUGAAGAUCUGCCAUUUAUAUCUGCUUUGCAGUCAUUUAAGCGUCGUGUGGCCUACGCAAAUACAAGUUUUGACUAUCUUGUUGGGUGGAGUACAUCAUCUUUGCGGCGCAGAAAUGAGCUUUCAAAGUGUCGGAACUUGAAAAAAGGGGAUAAAUACCCACAUAUUGUAAAUGUUGAUGAGGCAACAAGUGUUAGUAAUCAAGAAGAAACACCUACUGAGGCCAAAAUAAAUGGACGCAAGUCUAACGAAAUGGAAGAGGCUAUGAUCAGAGGUUUAACAAAGUUAAGUUGGGAACGAGUUGAUGUUAGCUUCAAAGGAAGUAAACAAAGAUACUUUGCACACACAACAAUUCAGGUAACGAAUUAUUGCUUUAAUUCUGAUGGAGCAGAUGUUAUACAACACAUGAUCGACAAUUUUGCUGUAUAGAAGUAGGGAAGUUGCUGUUUUUGAAACACCAUAUUGGCUGGAGGCCUGUGUAAUUUACAGAGCCUGCUGCAUAUUGUAGAGGGAUACGUGCAUAUGAAUUCGAUAUAUAGAGAUGUUACGUCAAAGUUCAAGGUAGGUGUAUCAUUGUUAUUAGAGCAACAACAACAACAAAUUCGGUGUAAUCCCAUAAGUGGGGUCUGGGGAAGGUAGUGUGUAUGCAAACCUUACCCCUACCUAUGAAAUGUAGAGGGAUUGUUUCCAAUAAACCCUCAGUUCAAGGAAAGAUGAAAAAAAGAUCAUUGUUAUUAGAGCAUAUAGAAAAUUAUUUGUAUAGUUUUUGGGCUCCAAUUUGGAUAUGUAGUUCAUGCA